AUGCGAGACCCGCGUCGCCGGAGUCCCGAGAGCUCCCGGCGGCGAAGAAGAGAGCGCCGCGAUUCUCGCGAGCAGCUUGCCGCCGGCAGCAGCGUAUCGAGCAUGCCUGGCCCAUCCGCGCAGUUCCAGCCAGAACCAUCGCAACAACCUUCACAACAACCAUACCACCAACAAUACCAACAACACCCGCUCCCUCACAUGUACACUCAACCCCAGUACCCCCAGCCCUACCCCGACCCUCAGAGAUACCCCGAACCCGAGAGAUAUGCCGCUCGUCCUGAGACAUACCACGACCCUCAAAGAUACGGCCAGCCCCAGCCCCAGCCCCAGCCCGAACUACAACAAUACCCCCCACCUGGACAAUAUCCUCCAACUGAGGCUUUCGUGAACCCUCUGGGCUACUCCGAGCAGCAACCACAUGUCGAGCCCCAGCCAAACCGAGGAUAUCGCGAACCUGAGACGAUGCGCCCGCGGGGCGGCUCGAGUUCCUCCUCGUCGUCCUCGACCUCGUCCUCUCUCCUCAAUAUCUCGGCCAAGAGCCCCAGGUUCGGCGGCGUCUUUAGCACCUUCUUCAGAGCACCCUCGGAGCAGCGCAAACGUCGUCGCCGGAAGAAGCAGAAGGCCCGCAUCCUCUCUUUCGGCAACUCGUCCUCGUCCUCACUGAACUCCGACCUCGCCUAUGGCCGCGGCUACAUUGAGCGCGACAAGAGCCAGCGCGCCAGCCCGACGCCGCAAGGCUACCCGAACCCCGCGCUGCACCAUGGCGAUACGGCUGCUGACAUUCCCCAGCGCCCACCUCCGGCGCCCCGGGACAAGACGGACGAAGAAAUCCUCGAAAUCGGCCGCCAGCUGCAAGACAUAGCGAGGAAGCAGAACCAGGCCGAUCUGAAGGCUGCCUCAAAGUCUCGGACCUCCCAGAUCGCCGGGGCUGCCACCGGGGCUGCCGUGGCCGCGGCCGCCUUCAGCCACUUGCGCCCGAAGAGCAAAAGCGACAGCAAAACCCGGGGAUCCGGCACCUCUAAACCUAAUGAAACCGGUUCUUCCUCUGAUGAUGACUGGGAAUCAGCCUCUGAAGAUGAGUCCACCACGGACGAAUCGGACAAUGGGUUGGUGUACGGUUCCGCCUUCAAGCCCGCCAAGUCGGCCAGGAUCUCUUCCGAGCCGCCGGAGCAGAUUAAGCCGCCUGAACGGAGGAGCACCAUUGUAGACCCCCGUCUUUUUGGCCCUGUCAAUUCCCUUCGGGGUGCCGUCAAGAGCCCGUGCGGCUUUGGUGAGGAGGACCCCCGUUCCGCCGGCUCGUCUCGUCGCCACCACGAGGAAACGAUAGCCCAGGUCCAAUCCCCCAAGGCCUUCGGUAAACAGCCGAUGCAACGCAUCUACCCUGUACCGACCUCGGACCCGGAUAAGUUUGACUACGACCGUAGCUCUGUAACAUCAUCGCGGCAGGAUCUCUCGCAACGUGCCCGACCCGAACCAGUCCCCAUCCAGCAGCCCAUCCCCAUUGUCCCUGUGUCAUCCAAGGUCUAUGAUGCAGAGAGGUUCGAAGCAGAAGAAGAGCGCACCAAACAACACCGGCUGCCACCCAAGGGGAGGAGUGCCGCAGAGAACGCCAUUGCCGGUGUAGGCGUAGCGGCCGCGGCCAUUGGUGCCGCCAUGGCUUCUAACCGUAGAGACUCUGGCGACUACCCCGAACAUCGCGACGAUCGUUCAAGUGAAGCCCGGGAGCGGCGAGGCGACCCCCGCGACUCCUGGCAGAGCCGCCGUAAGGAGGAACCGGAACAGCCGAUCAGGAUCGAACUGGAGGACCGCGAAACUCACAACCACCAUGACCCUCGCCAACCCCGUCGGCGUGACGCUGUGGACGUUGUCGACGAACGAGACAAACGUUCCGGUUGGUCCGACCCCGCCUACGAGGCUCUGAAGAGACGCGAGGCCGAGCCCGACCCUCGCUCGGAGGUGUACAGACUGUCUCACGGUGACGAGAUCCGAGUCGAGUAUGACCAAACAGAUGACCGUAGCCAGCCUCGUGAAGAGCCCAAGGAGCUUCCGAAGAAUGUUCGCAAGCCAGUAGCUGUAGACGAACUCCGGGAUGCGAAGUGGACAGAGAAGCCAACUGAGUCGCCCCGAGAAAACCAUGGGGUGGAGCAACCCGAGGCCCCCAGUACACAAGCCCCUAUUGACCCUUUCCAGUUCCAGGUCGCUGAUGAUGCCUUCCAAACCCCUAAAUACGCCACGCCGAAGAGGCCCCUGACCCCCCAGGUCGUAACGGUCGACCGCGAACCCAACUUCGACGAUUCCCCGCCAAGGAAACCCGACUACUCCGACUCGCGAAUGAGCCGCAAGGACUCGUUCGAGCUCGAGCAGCGGCUGGAGAAGUAUCAGCAAGGCGCCCGAGACCGGUCCCGAACCCCCGAACCACGCCGCAGGGCCUCGAUCGAAGAGGAGGCCAAGCAUGCCACCGUGCCCAUCGCCGUGGCUGCCGUUGCCUCUGCAAUCGCGUUGGAAGAGGAGAGGUCCCGGAAGCAUCGCCAUGAUCAAGCUGCCAACAACGGCUCCCGGGAUAGCUCCCAGGCUGCCAUCAAGGAUGCCGUACAGGAAGAGGCCGACAAGUACUACCGCGAGACCGUCAUUGCCCGCAAGAUCGCCAAGGACGAGAUCAGGUCGCGCAGUUCAUCUCCCCAUGACGAAUCCGUCGUCGGCAAGUGGCAAGAACACGAUGAUGGCCCCGAGAUCGUCACAAUUGUGACGCCACCCGAGAUGGACCACCACCAUGACAAGAGCCCAUACGAUGCGCCCAAUGCCGAUGUUCGCAUCGAUCAUGUCAUCAUCCCUGAAGAACUAUCGCGCUUCCGCCUCCCCGGCCACCAGCUCGCACCUGGCGAAGUACCCCUUUUCCAGACUCGUGACCCUUCUUGCGAGCGUGAGAGACCCCUCUUGAACCUCGUCCUGCCUACUCCGGUGGUCACGCCACGUCAUACGCCGGCCCCUGAGCAGCAAAAGGACCCGAGGUCGUCAAGUCGGACGCGGGAAACCACCCGACAAAGAUCGGCGGACCCGGCCGAUGCUCCUUCAUCUGACGGCGCUGCACCUGCAACUGAAAUUGUCCUGGGGCCAAGAGGCGAGGUCAUUGAAACGCCCACGGCGCCUAUUGCCAAGUCGGUCACCCGGGGCGAGAACGAGACCGAUCAGUUCAACUCCGAGAGCCCGGAGCCUUCCAGGCAGGUCGCCUCCAGCACUCCAAGCAAGUCGAAGAAGAAGAAGAAGCUCGGGAAAAGCUCACCAUGGGGCAUCAUUUCCGCAGCGGUGGGCGGUGGAGCAGCAGCGGCGGCGGUGGCAGCCCCCGAGAUGCGCGAUCCCUUCGAGAGAAAGCCGGACGAGAACAGAGAGAGGCACAGCCCUCCCGAAUCACCCAAAUCCCGCGGCAUUGAACCUGUUGCUGAGCAUAUCGUUCUUCCGGCUUCUCCUAAAAUCUCUACAUCGUUCGAGGAUGAGCACGACUUGCCUCCUGCCCCUGGCCCCAAGCCGUCCAGCCCUCAAACAUCGCGAAUGCCCGGGGCCUUUGCAGAUGAUCUGGAGUUCGCUUCUGUACUGGCUGCUGGCCUGCAAGACACUGGUUUUGAUCCGAACAUUGUCAUUGACAAUCCUACCUACAUGCGCCGUGACAGCCCUCCAGGCCAGAGUGAGCCGGCUGUCUAUCAGCAGCCCUUCGCCGAGACCGUGACAGAUUUGGGUAUCUAUGGACCUGAAGGACCUCCCGCCCCGGUGGAACGCGGGUUCGUCAUUGGCGAGGUGCCAGAAACUCCGGUCGUAGAGAGGGACUUGGAAGACGCUCAUGCCACUGAGUCUCCUCGGGUGAGAGAGCGUCGCGACAAGGGCAAGGCCAAGGAGACGCCACUCGUGGAGCAGGAGCCGUCUUUUGAAGAAAAUGAGCUGUCCAGGAAGCCUAGCAAGAAGGAGAGGCGCAAGCAGAAGGCAGCCAAGAGGCAAAGUGUGGACAACGCGCCGGCCGAUGAGACCUACGGCAUUCCCGAGGCCACAUCGCGACCUGAACCAGUCCCCUUCUCAGAGGCAGUUCCUGGUUACGAGAGGCCCCGCAGCCACUACGAAAUCCCCGGGGCCACACCACAGGACGGACCGGCCUCCUUUGCAGACCCCGGCCCUGUUUAUGGCCGGCCUCACACCUACUACGGAGUCCCCGAGCCCACACCGCUCUUUGGACCAAACCCCUACUCCGAUACGGUAUCUGCUUACGACAGGCCGCGCGGCUACUACGAAACCCCCGAGAUGACUUCGCAGAACGGGCCGGCUCCCUUUGCCGAGACAGCUCCUGGUUACGAGAGGCCCCGUGGUUUCUUCGAUACCCCUCAAAGCCCCGAAACUGUAGUUGCGCUAGGUUCCAAGACUCGUGGCAUCCAGGAUGUCCCGACGUGGGACUUGCCAGCCUCCUCUGACGUACCUCGUUCUUAUGGCGAAACCCUUGCAGCUGCUGCAUCGACAUCCGAGACAACGCCCGCUGACUACGGGUCUGUCGCUCCUAGCAAGUCAAGCAAGAAAGAAAAGAAAGAAAAGAAGAGGAAGAGCAAGUCAUCAAGAUCCGAAGCCAUCGUUGUUCAAGAGGGCGAGGAUGAACUGCCCAACGACGAGAGAUUCCCUCGCGACGAGCCCGGUGCUUCUCGGAAGACGCUGCCAGAGGGUGAUAUGUCCCGUUUCGACGAGCCUCAGGAGACCGGCGACUAUGCGCGGGAGAUAUCUGUGAAGGAGAAGCAGCCCAAGAAAUCCAAGCAAAGCUCAGACGAAUGGACCGACGUCGACAAGCAGAGCGAUUUCGCCCCCACGGUCGAGCGAAGCAGCACCCGCGAUGACUUUCAGGACUGGGACGAUCUUCCGCCGAAAUCACAACGGGACCGUUCCAGGUUUGAGGAGCGGGAUGCGAGCUCUGUGGUAUCAGACCCGUCGAGUCGACGUGAGAAGUCGGAUCACCGCUCAAGAAGCAGUCGGCAUGAAGACAGAGACGUGAGCUCCGUGGUAUCUGACCCGUCGAGCCGGCGUGACAAAUCAGAACGCCGCUCCAAGAGCAGUCGUUAUGAGGAUCGAGACGUAAGCUCUGUCGCCUCUGACCCUGCCACGCGGAGUGAAAAGUUGGAACGCCGCUCCAAGAGCAUCCGUAGCGACGAGCGCGACACGGGCUCCGUAGUCUCUGAUCGCUCAUCAAGACGCUCCAAACCCGAUCGCCGCUCCAACGGCACUCGUUAUGAGGACGGUGACGAUGCCAAGUCAGUUGCGUCCGCAAGCUCGAGUCGUAAGAGGCAGAGUGGCGACCAGAAGAGCCCCAAGGAGGAAGAGAAGCGCAGCAGUGGCGGCUUCUUCAACAACCUCUUCCGAGGCGGCAACAGCAAGGACGGAUCCGGCAAGGAUGACAAGUCGUCUUUUUUAGAUAAUGCCGGCACCCUUGGCGCGGGUGCCGGCUUGGCGAGCGCCGUGGCAGCCUUGGGCUCCAUGAUGUCCCGCUCCAACGCCACCGAAGCUCAGCUGCAAGAGUCGGCCGAUGUCGUUUGGCCCCGGGGGAGAUCCGCCAGUCCCGCCCGAGAUGUCGACAUCCUCGAUCCCGAGAUCGCGCCGCGGGUCAUCAGACCCGCCAUCGAUCCUCAGUAUGGCGACUUCCUCCCUCUGCCACCCAGCCCCAUGCCGCCAAGCACGCCUGGCUCUCCCACUCACGAGCUGGAGGAGCUCCCCGCCUUGCCAGACAGCCGACCGGAGACGCCUCCGGAGGAACGGAGACGUCAGCACGAAACGAAGACGCCCAAGACGCACGCGCGGAAACGCAGCAACAUGGAGACGCCGACCCGAAGUCCAAGCCAAACCGCCGUGCCCUUCAAGUUGCGGCUGGGACAGAGGUCGGCGCCGUCCUCUCCCGGCACCUUUGGCGCCUCGCCCGUCUCCUCUCCCACGGUAUCCACGGCGCCGGAUGUCGCCCAUACUGCCCACAUCACCCCUCCCACUCCCGCCGCCUCCCAUGCCAGACGUCCCUCUAGACCGAUCUCGUGGGAGAGCAGCCGCGAGAUCAAGCCUCUCUACCUGCUGGAACAGGCUCGACAGGAAUCCGCAGCCCAGUCGCUGGAGCCACCCUUCGACUUACCGGAGCUGCCUCCGAGCGAGCCGUCCUCCCGAGAGUCUCCUGCGCCGGAAUUCUCGCUGCGCGAAGACGAUGUGAAAUACUUCCACCAGCUCCAGGACUCGCCUUUCGAGCCUGACGAUCUUCGCAUCGACACCGAUAUGCCGCAGUAUCGUGAGCAGCCGGGCCGCCUGUUCGGCUCUGAAGAGACCACUCCCAAGGCAGAGCAUGCGGUCCAGCACACCGGUGCCAUGUUUGAGCGAGCCUCACCGACUCUUCCCGGACUGCCGGACGCCGCCAGACAGUUUGACUUGUCAGAGCACGAGUUGGAAGAGUUGCCAGCUCUUCCCAUUAGCCCUCUGGCGUCCCCUACCGUGCCAGACGUAGCCGGGCAGCCAAACCUUUCUCAGCCUGACCCGGAGCAGUUGCCAGCCCUUCCCGACAGCCCCUUGGAUUCGCCGGCAAUGAGACUCGAAGCCGGGCCAGCAGAGACCCAUUACGACGAGAGGAGCCUCUAUGGGCCAGCAUCGCCUGCCCUUCCUACUGUCGCGGACACUAGCCGGCAAAUGGACUCUGCGCAACCCGAGCUGGACGGCUUGCCGGCCCUCCCUGCCAGCCCGAUAACUACUCCAACCACCGUUGUCGCAGAGUACCCCCAGCAGCCGGACAUCCCAGAGUCGAAGCUGGAGGACCUGCCCGCUCUUCCCGACAGCCUUGCGGCAUCCCCGAAUGCGAUGCCCGAACCGGAACCAGUCGAAACCACGUCCAAAGAAAGAAGUUCGUAUCUCCUGUAUUCGACGCCCCCAUCAAUCAUCAAAAAUCUAAUGGAUCGUGACACACCAGACACACCACCCAGCCCGACGCCAAUCAGAUCUCCCGGCACCACGCUCGUCACACCCGACGUCGAAGAGCAUGUUCUCCCUAGUCCCCGCAACGCUGCCAUCGGAGCCUUGGUCGGGGGUGCUGCUGCCGGCUUCGCAGCUGCCUCGCUCAUUGACCGUGCCGAAGUUGACACAGAAGCCAGAGACUUGGAGACACCCGCCCCAGAAGCGCCUCUUGAGGAAGAGAAGAAGUUCAAGAAGGACAAGAAGAAGAAAAAGAAGAAUAGGGCCAAAGGGGCGUCCACCGACAACGCCAUGCCUCCAUUAACCGACAUCGCUUCUCCUGUUUCUACAGAAGACAAAGACACUGUGCCGUCGGUCGAUGUCGCGAAUCCUGCUUCAGCCAAAGAGGCGGCUGCUGUCUCAGGCGAAGUCGCCCGCUUUCUGCCUACCGAUGAGCAAGAAACGCCGCUGCCCCUGACUGAGCAUACACCACCUGCUUCAAUUGGACAGGACGAGUCGCUGCCUGUCGACGCGGGUCCUAUUUCCCAAACCGAGGAUUCUGCCCUCGCCGCCGUCAAGGAUGCUACGACGCUGCCAGUCGAAGCUGGCCCUUCUGCGCCGGUUGAGGCUGAAGUCUCUUCGACCGAGUCUACUGUCUACGACGAUCUGCCACCGUUGCCAUCCGUCUCCGCCGACGAGGAGGCCUUUCUUUCUGUUGACGCCGAUCUCUCGGCUCCAGUUAGUGAGAGCCCUGUGCCUUGGACCCAGAACACUGCACCCCUCGAACUCACCGACAAGGUGCCCCGACAUGUCGCGGAUCUUUCGGGUGCGCCAACCGGUGCUGAUCAAGUGACUGCGACUGACUCCCUUCUUGCCGCUGGCGAUAUUUCCCUGGUGCGCAAUACUACAGCUGAGGGCGAGGUCGCCGGACCUGUAGCCGCUGAGCUCCUCGCAGAAGACACUGCCGGCGGAAAGAAGCUGUCUAAGAAAGAAAGGAAGAAGCUGCUCAAGAUUAAAAAGGCUUGGGAGCAGGCCCAGGCGGAGAUGCAGGAGCUCGAACGUUCUGCAGAGUCUAAUGGGCAGUACAGCAAGGCCACCUCCGAGGUAGACGCACCGCUUGCCUCAUUGCCUGAGCCUGACGGGGACACGGGUACCAAUGAAGCCGAAGAGGCUGCCGCCGUCCCGCUACCCGACAUGUCGGAUUCUGCCGAAGAGGCCUUGUUACUCGAGCCCGAGGAGACCGUGGAAACAACUCAAGUAGAGCAGAUUGCUGAUACUCAGCUUCCGAACGUUCUGGAGAGGAGUUUGGAGGCCUCUCUGCCCGAGUCUGAAGAAAUCACAAAGACAGCUGAAGCUGGACAGGCUGCUGUUACUCCGCCCCCAGAGAUUUCUGAGCCCGCCGUGGAACCUUUGUUGGAACCAUAUGACAACCCCGAGAAGGCCAAGGACACGCAAGAUGAGCCUGGACAGUCUGAACCAAACCCGGCUCUUGAAGAAUCAGACGUUGCCCCUGAAGACUCCCGAACACCAUUGGCCGACUCUGACCGUUCCAAAGAGGUAAAUGAGGCGGAGCUACCCGCGGCCCCUCUAAUUCCCGAACCUCCGGUCCCCGAGACUAAGACGAGCAAAAAGAAGAAGAAGAAGGGGAAGAAGGCCGUGGAGGAUGAAAUCCCGACAACUACCCCGGUCCCUGAAGCCCCGGCUGCUUCUUCCCCGGCAGACAGUCCUGCUCCAGCCAAUGACGCAAAGUCUUCUGACGGGGCCGACGACGUUCAAUCAGAGCAGAAGGCUCCAGUAGUCGAGCAACAUGAUUCUCUUCUCGACGCAGAGGAGCCCCAACAGCUCCAGCAACACCUUGCCACUGAAGUUGCUGAGGUCAAGUCCUCGAAUGUUGAAGACAACUUCCCCAUUUCACAACUUUCGCUUCAAGCCUCGGAGGAGGAGACAGUUGAGCCGAUCAAGACUCCAUCUGAACCCGAGACUCUGCCUCUCGAUUUUGUAGGGAAGUCACUCGAGCCAAGGGAAAUCUUGGGCGAGCAGCAGCCUGCGGCCCAUGAUCAAGACGACAAGCCUAUUGAGCAGGAUGUAACCUCUUCGGGGUUGCGAUCUGCAACUCCUACACAGCCAGCCUCGGCCAAGCUUGAGGAAGAUUCUCUAGAACAGCAGAAUUCUGCCAUUGAGCCCACCGGCACACUGGGUACUGUGGAUAGCCAGCCAGAGCAGCAAGUUUCCGUCGCCAAAGCCGACCAGACGACCGCUGACGAGCCACGUGUCGAAUCUCGCGAGGUCGAGGAGCCAACGGAAACUUCAUCUGUACCAUUGUCCAAGAAACAGAAGAAGAAGUUGAAGAAGGCCAAGAAGAGCUUGACAGUAGACGACGAACUUGUGGCCACAGUCGAUACCAAGCCAACCGAGCCAGCUGCGGACCAAAGGCCUUCAAUCCUGCACGCCGAGGUAAAAGAAGCUGACAAUUUCGAAGUCCCCCCUGCAGACAUCGUCACAGAUGCCACGGCUGCAGCCACGCCUGUUGAGCAGGCUGCCGAGGAUGUACCGGUACCGGUUGACAUCGAUGCGGAUGCCGCCGCCGUACCUCUUCCUGAAGAUGCCACUGAGACGACCGAGGAGCCACCCAAGGAGGGACCUGAACAAUUUGCAUCCCAGCAAGACGCUCCUGCGGUACCUGUUCCAGAGGACACGCCCAAGGCUGAGGAGGCAUCCGAACCAGUGCUUGCUGAAACUGUUGCUUCUGCAGUACCUCUUCCAGAGGACGCCGUUGAGGAAGCGACCGCCACUGUCACUGAAACUUCUGAUACCGUGCCGACCGUCGUCAACAACGGCGAGAGGCCAACUUCCGAGUCUGCUGCGCCCGCGAGCGUGGAGGCGCCCCCGGCCGAGUCCGCUCAGCCGGAACCAUCAGGCAAGAAGAAGAAAAAGAAGAAGAAGGGCAAGGGUACCUCGCUAUCACAGCUGGACGAUAUGUUACCCGCCGAGACGACCCCGUUGCAGUCUCCAGGAACACAGACCCCUACCACCGAGACCACUGGUGACGCGCCUUUUGGCAUACAGGCCCCCGCGACUGAUAGUCAAGCUCUUGAGGGUCCUGUCGUCGAGACUCCUGUCGUCGAGACUCCUGUCGUCGAGACUCCUGCUGUCGAGACUCCUGCUGUCGAGACUCCUGCUGUCGAGACUCCUGCUGUCGAGACUCCUGCUGUCGAGACUCCUGCUGUCGAGACUCCUGCUGUCGAGACUCCUGCUGUCGAGACUCCUGCUGUCGAGACUCCUGCUGUUGAGACUCCUGCUGUGAAGACUCCUGCUGUCGAGACCCCAUCAGGCAAACCUCUUCCCAUUGGGGCUGACGCUGUUGAAGCAACAUCUACCGAGACGCCUGCCGCUGAGCCGUCUGCUUUGGACAUUGCCAUUGCAGAGACUCUUGUCGAGAACCCAUUGGCUGAUGAACCUACUACGAAGACCCAACCCACCGAAAUCGUCUCCGCCGACGCGCAGCAGUCGGAAGAAGCUAUUCUUCAAGCCACCGAGCCAAACCCUGUCAUCGAGAGAACGGCCACUACGGUGGUCACCCCCGAGACACCCACCACUUCUUCCGCCGUUUACGGCGAGCAAAGUGAAACUCCUGCUCUGGCCGAGGAGACUUCCAAGGCUUCCAAGAAGUCAAAGAAGAAGAAGAAGAAGGACAAGAAGGCGGCCGAGACAGAAGCCGAAGCUAAUGCCGUGGUUGCCGACAAUGGCCCAACUGAACCCGUGGAUGCUACUUCACACAAUCUACCAGCCGACGAGAAGCCAGCUGAGGCGGACACACCUCUCGCGCAAGAGCCGGCUGCCGCAGUCGAGGAAGCAAAGCCUAGCGAUGCUAACGCCUUGGACCCCGCACCAGAGGGGACACUGAGCGCUGAGUCGCAAACGCCAACGAUGACAGAAAGCCAAGUCGAAGCUUUCGUCACGCCUUCGCAAGCACCCGCACUGGAGAUUCCUACAGAGAUUUCUAUGAGCCAACUUGAGACAGUCGAGAACCCGUCUCAGGAACCGACUUUGGUCGAUAGCCAGAUUGACUCGUUUGAUGCCAAACCCCAAGAACCGCUCGCCGACGAAGACAAAGAUCGUGGUCUGGAUUCUCCAAUUGAGCCCGAAGCAUCAACCAGUUCCAAGAAGAGCAAGAAAAAGGCAAAAAAGGCUGCAGCGGCUGCCGCCGCCGCCGCAUUGGAAUUGACCGUCGAGGAUGCCACCAAGGAUACGCACGACAAGGAGGCGAAGGACGAAACGAUCACGGACAACGGGAUUUCGAAGACAAUUUUAGACAAGACGGGGGAGAUGGAGCAAUCAUCGCAAGAGCCCCCAACAAGCGGAGAAUUCGCUACGGACAGCAAGAUUUCAGAGGAGGCAGACCCAGGGCCAACUGUUACCAAAAAGGGCAAGAAGAAGAAGGGCAAGAAGUCUUCAACCCUGGACCCGGAGCCUGGGCACGGCGCGUCCACGAAACAGUCCGCUUAUAUGACCUCUCCGACGGGAGAGCCUAGCAGUGACGAAAUCCCCCUCUCGCAAGCAGAUACCCCGACGGAGGCCGAAUGGCCAGCCUCUGCAACUGCGAACAAGAAGAAGAGAAAAUCCGUGACCUGGGCGCCGGAGCUGGAGUCAUUCUCGACCAGCCCCGACCCUCCUCUGCUUCAAGAAGACGAGGGUCCCCGGGACGAUCUGAGCACUGAAGAAGGCGCGUCCGUCCCCGCCUCCGCCUCUACCCCCGAAGAGACUGAGUUACAGGGGGCCCACGACAAGACAAUGGGAGCGGACUCGCCAGAGGCGAUCAGUCACGACGAUGGCACGGCCUCGCAAGGCAUCGAUGUAGGCCAACAAACAGCCACAUCCAUAGCCGAGCCGGAGAAGGUCUUGGAGUCGGAGGGCGGCCAGGCACAGACGUACCCUGCAGGCGAGCCCAGCAGAGAGGCCCUGUCGUCUGGGCUUCUGCAAGACACAACCCCGAACGCCAGGGAUGACGCUCCGCCAUCGUCUGGGCUGAAGACCACGCGGGGAGUUACAGGCGAGCUACCUCCCACUCCUGCCCUUUCCAGCACGGGCGUCGAGGUGGCCAACCGGAAGGGCGGUGAGACACUGUCGCGGGUGGUGGACGCGGAGCAGCAGGUUAGCGCCGAGGCUGAUGCAACAUCGGACCCCGAAGCUGCGGGCCGCGCUGACACCAUUGACGAACCACCAGCGGGAGCCAGCGCCCAAACGGGACAGGUCGGCAUCCCAGACCCCGGUCUGCAUGCGGAUGUGGGGCCUGCCGGUGGAUUGGGUGACGACGAAUCACUGGCAGACACGCGGAACGGGCGGAUAGCGGAUGCCCAACCCGUGGGCCCGGCCCUCACCGACUCGGCCCUGGAGGAGGCUGGAGACCCACACGGCACCCCGGUCGUCGCCUUGGCGGACCAAGACACAAACACGGCGAUCCCCCAGCCGCCUCUGGAUCCCGUACCCAGUCAUCGUCCGUUGGAGGUUGGCGAAAUUUCUGAAGCGGGGGUUCCUGACGCUUCUACUGCUGCUGCUGCCGCCGCCGCCGAGAAUCUUCUUCUGGGAGACGAACCGCACGGCAAGAUCAAUAUCUCAGACGUCGUAACGAAGGAAGAAGCGGGAGACGCAGACAAGGACGAGAAAGAAGACAACCACGAUAUUCUCGCCACCAAUGCUGAAUCCCCAGGUCAGCCAGACAUCUCGGAAUCGCUGGGCGAGCCGACUACUUCGGAGCCGCAAUUAGAGCCGCUCCCCGAGACCCUUCCAGGCCCUGAGCCAACAGGGGACGUGGGCACUACCACUACCACCACCAUCAUCCCCCAAACCCCCGACCAGACCGAGACACAAGCCGGCCAGGAAGACGACGCACGGUCUGAGCCAACAAGCUCGAGCAAGAUGUCCAAAAAGGACAAGAAGACCAAGAAGAAGACCAAGGCUGGAUCCGCCGAGCCUGUUCCGCAUGAUGAUGCCCAACAUGUCAAAACCCAGAUUGUGGACGAUGGAGCCCCGGCCGUCCAAGCUGUUGACGAAGCGGUCCAAGCAUCGGAGGAAGCGGGGCCGGACCCCUCGCCGGAUGCCCCCGGUGCCCCCGGUGACCCCGAGGUGGCCCCCGUGACGGAAUCAGUCGAGGCCUGUGAGGACGAAUGGGCAGUUCAGCCGACCAGCAAGAAGAUUAAGAAAGACAAGAAAAAACGCGCUGCUGCCGAUAUUGCUGCCACUGCUGCUGCUGCUGCUACCACGACAGAGCAAGGCAAUGAGCCUGCAACUGAAUCAUCUCAAGUCCCUAUCGAGGCAGAAGCCAUUUCCCAACCCGCUUUGGAUGAGACUUCCAAGAUUGACCUUGUUGCCGAUCAGCAACCAACUCCGAUGCCAGUAGACACAGCAGAGACUCCUGUUGACUCGUUGAGAUCCCAAGAGCCCAAGAAAAACCAAGAGACUUUGGGCCCUGCAGAGGAGGAAGCUCACAGCCCGCCACAGCCAACAAGUGGCAUUCCACACAGCUCCGCAACCACAAAUGAGCAGCCAGGAGAGCCUGAGGAGGCGGGAGCUGGUGUCUUUGAGACUACUAAGAAGAGCAAGAAGGAUAAGAAAAAGAAGAAGCAAAGCGUUUCUUUGGAUGACAGCCAAGAGCCUACUUCACCCUCGGCUGAACAAGAGGGAUCAUCUGAAUCUCAAAAAGGCACAACAGCACUCGCCCCACCUCCUGACGACAACAUCUUGCCUGACACUCAACAAAUGACGAGCGGCAAUGAUUCUGCGUCAAGCAAGGCAGCGCCUGAGGACCUGCAAAAGACUCUAGUCCAGGGCGAAUCGACUUUGGUCUCCGCGGACGCACCUGCAACCCAACAGCCGACAACAGCCGAGUCCACCGAUGCACUAACAGCUGUUGAGUCUCAAGCUGCGCUAGGAUUGCCACCAGACCAAGUCAAGGACACCGGCUCUACUUCACAAACCGAACCCGAACUCCCUGGCGAGAGUACGGUGCCGUUGCAAGAAAAAGAGUUCCCACCAACUGCCGCGAAGAGGUCGGAGACAGACGAGAAAAAGAAGGACAUUGCUUCCGACACACCGGAGGAAGCACCCGCAACACCGGAGCCCGAGCCAACGGUUGGGCAACCUCUACCUUCAGCCGUGGACCAUACUUCCGAACCAGCAUUCGCCCUUCCCGAGACUCCUGCUGCCCAAGAGCAAACUCCUCAGCCCGUGAAAGAGUCCACCUCUGCGGACACUACACCAACCAUCGAACCACCUUUCGUUCCUUCAGACACCCCUAUCUUUGAGGAGCAAAUAUCGACAUCCGUGGAUGAGGAGGUUUCCACACCCAAGAAGUCGAAAAAGGACAAGAAGAAGAAAAAGAAGGGCGCUCCGGUUGAUACCCCCGAAGAGCAGCUACCGGUCAUGGGGGAGGAUGCUGCUCCGGAUUCCACAACCGCGCCACAGGCUGCAGACACUCUUGAGGAACCAGUUCUUCCUGCCGUUGAGGACGCCAUUCAGUCGACACACGCGCCAAUCGAUGAGACGGCACUUCCACCAGAGACCAACCAAUCGCAGGAGGAGAAACCCGCCGAAGCAGAAUCUGUGCAAGACCCAUUUGCUGGUCUGAGCCAGAAGCAGAAGAAAAAGAAGAUGGCCCAAAUGGAGAAAGCUGCUGCUGCCGCCGCCGCCGCCGCCUCCGCUGAGGCCGAUCAAAUACCUGCCGAAGAGACGCCCUCUACAGACAAGCUUGUCGAAAACCCUUUUGUCGAGGAGCCUACAGGAGAAGAACAUAUCGUCGAAAACCCCGUCAUCAAUGAACCCGUCGUUGAAGAGGCUGCCAAGGAGGAGGUUGCCAAGGAGGAGGUUGCCAAGGAGGAGCCCCAGCCAGAACCGAUGCCCAUGCCAGAACAAGAUCCCGAAUUGCGACAAGUUGAAUCUGACCCUUUUGUUGGCCUGAGUAAGAAGCAGAAGAAAAAGAAGAUGGCCGAAAUGGCCGCCGCUGCUGAGAAGGCCGCCGCUGAGAAGACCAUCGCCGAUGCCGACACAAAACCCAUCGAGAAGGAAUCCGUCGAAGAAGUCCUCACCACGGACGCGGGGAAGAGCAAAGUUGUUGAGACACCUGCUGAAGUCGAUCCUGCCAGAAUUAAUACUGUCGAAAACCCGCCAAUUGAAGACAAUCUCGCCGAUGACCAGCUUAUCAAGGAGGCACCGACGCCAGAAGCACCACAAGCGGAGGGAGAGCCCUUUGUUGGACUUGGCGAGGCCGAAGCUACAGCCGUCGCUGCCACAGCUUCCAAGACCGCGGCUGUUGAAACCACUCAGGUUGCAGAGGAGAAUCCCGCGAACAAGACUAUUGAGGACAGUGCUGCCGAAGAGAAGCCCUCCGAGGCUGUCGUCGAGGACAAAUCCGCCGAUGGGAAUGUUACCGAGCAGCCUGGAUCCGAGCCACCGACCACCCAGAAGGACCCUUUCGCUGGUCUGAGCAACAAGCAAAGGAAGAAAAAGAUGAAGGAAAUGGCUGCUGCUGCUGCUGCUGCUGCCGCCGCUGCUACCGAAGCAAAAGAGGUUGUGGAGGAGAAGCCUGCCGAAAACAUGACCGACGUUGCCUCCGCCGAGCAGCCCCCGGCUCUUGAAAACGAUUCGCCUUCUGCGCCGCUCGUGGAUGUCUCCAGGGAGGAAAGCGUUCCAGAUCCCGUCGAAGAGAAGGAAGCUACCCAGUCAGCGGAGGCUACCAACCCGGGGGUCGAGUUCCCUGCCCUGGAGAAAAAGUCCAAGAAAGACAAGAAAAAGAAGGGAAAACUUUCCCAGUCCGAAUCAAUCGUCAACCCCGACCCUGAGCAACCGUCAGCAGAGCAACAGCCCGAGCAGCCGCUUGUGCCUGAGCAUCAACCAGAAAUCCCACCUACAGCGCAAGCAGAGGUUGAAUUUAUACCCAUACAGACAGACCAAGCGGCGGUUGCUCCCUCCGAGGAACUGGCUGGCCCGGAGGGCACAUUGGCAAAUGAGAAGCUGCCUGAGGUGGAAGAAGUCAUGCUGGAUCAACCGGUUGGGGCAGUCCAACCAACGGAUCCCGAACAGACAUUCCACUCGACCGGUAAGAAGGCUGAGAAAGUGGAAAAGAUGAAGAGGCUAGGCGAUCUCGGGGAUGAGAUCCAAUCUCCAACCACCACUCCACCCCAGGUCGACGAGCACGCCGUUGUUCAACCGCCGUCGGUUGAGGCUGUUAUCGCUGAUCAGACUGCUGUCACCCAACCUGAUCAACUGCCGAUCGAGAGUCAAACGCGGUCCGUCGAGGUUGAGAACCAGCUCAACGCCCCCGCAGCUCCAGAUGCCAAUGCGGAAGACGAGUUCCCAUUGACCGACAAAAAAGCCAAGAAGGUCAAGAAGAAGAAGAAGGGAAAGACCUUGGACUUGACCGAAUCGGACCCGUUGACUGAACCUGCUGCGCCGGAAGUCACCCAAUCUGUCGCUGAGCCCAAUGCAGAGACUGUUGCUGUGCCCUCCCCUGAGAAGUCGUUGGAGACAUCCAAGUCCGGAGAGGCUGUUGUCGAAGAGCCCUCGUCAGUGGUGCCUGAUACACAGAUUGACCAGUCUGUCAACCAAUCAGCACCGUCCGAACCCGUAGAACAGAUCAACAAUGAGCUAAGCAAGAACCUCCCCGAGCAGGCAAACGCGGACGAGGCUCAGCCUGUCGAUAUUGCGACGCCAGUCGACCCUCCCAAAUUCUCGGACGACGAUCUCUCAACCCUGAAACUGUCGAAGAAGGAUAAAAAGAAGAAGAAUAAGAAGACCAAGGUUCAGGACGACUCCAGCCCUCCCUCUGGAACUGCAACGCCUUCGGUAUUGGAGCCGUCUGAUCCUUUUAUCGUUUCCUCUCUUGAAACCCAAGGUAUUCUGGACACACCUGCGGCAGUUACUUCAUCGGAGGAGCCAGCCGAGGCAUCGAGAAGCCCAUCAAAGGAGACUUCAGCUACUCAAAAUGACAGUGUUGGCGCAGUUGCAGAGGAAACUUCAUCAUCUGGCGACCUCCAUUCCAACAAAGCAACACUUGAAGAACGCGCCCCCGAACCUGAGUCUUCCAACUCGACAACAUUGCCCCCCGGAGAGAGCGACCCACCGCCGCUCGACAACAUCUCGGUCGAACAUGCCCCAGACCAGGACGCUGAUGCCAUCGAGUCUGCUCCUCCGACAACCUCGCAGGAACCAAGGCAGGCCGCUCCGGAGCCAGUCAUUGCUGAGCCCGAAGAAGAAUUCCCAACCACGACUAAGAAGUCAAAGAAAGACAAGAAAAAGAAGAAGAGCAAAUCAGUGGACGCCAUGCUUGUCGAGUCUGAGGAGCCGAUACUGCCUGCCACAAGUCAAGAGCAGAUUCCGGCUGACGACGUUGUUGAAGCUAAGGAAGCUGCCGUUACUGAUGUGGAUGUUUCCCGUGCUCCCGCGGCGGCUCCAACUGAGACUUCUACUGAGAACCCCGUUGAGGUCCCAGUCGAGACCUCCGUCGAGAUCCCUAUCGUCACGUCCAACGAUGCUUCCUUUGAAACUCGUGCCGAAUCCCCAAAUCUGGACGAGGAGCUCUCAUCGACCCAGAAGAAGUCCAAGAAAGACAAGAGGAAAAAGGAAAAGGCUCAAGACGACUCUGAACACAACUUUGAUACUGCCAGUCCGACAAAAGUACUAGAUGCCGUUAGCGAUGCAACGCAGCCGUCUGAUGCGUUUUUCGAGCCCGCAGAAGCCUCUCGAGACGCCAAUCAACCUGCGGUGUCUUCUGAACCCGAUCCCAUCAACUCCCAAGACCAGCUUCAAGCGGAGCCCUCCGCAGAACAAACCCUUGUGACGGCCGAGUCACCAGCACCACCGGCCGACGCCACUCAGAACGACGAAGAUGUUGUCGUCAUAGAACCUCAGCCGCCCGUUGGAGAAGAAUGGCCCGAGAACACACCCACCAAAAAGUCAAAGAAGGACAAGAAGAAGAACAAAAAGUCUAAGGCGGGCGAUGACUUGGACCGGGGCUCCGGAACUGCUACGCCAUUGGAAACAACCACCGAGGAAGUCAAAGAAGCGAUAUCUUCCAAAGAAAUCUCGACUGCGGAGGAGGGCCAAACUUUCAACGACGAGGUUGUUUCAAGCACACCUACUCUCGAACCUAUGGUCGCAGCACCAGUUCCGGAAGCCUCCAUGCAAGACUCGAUCCAAGAAGCGGAGGAACCUCGCUCUCUGACAUGGCAGACUGCACAAGAACAGCAAGUCGACGAGCAGCGGGAUGUGCCGACCAAGUCAGAGCCUGUGACACUCGAGCCUGAGAGGAGCACUGGCGAGCCGGUGGUUGUUGAGGAACCGCAAGAGUUCGUCGUCAAGAAAUCGAAGAAGGACAAGAAGAGAAAGUCUGCCCUUGCUGGGCGAGAACCCACCCAUCCAGCCAUCAGCCCAGCCAUCGAAGACUCGUCGGCAGGUUUGGAAAAUCCAAUCACGGAAUCGGUCCAAGAUCUCGGUACCGCUGAGCCAGUCACCGAGACUCCGGUCAUCGAAUCUACGGAAGACAUGGCUGCGCCCGCUGAUGAACGGCCCGAGACCUCAACCUUGAAGAAGAGCAAGAAGAAUAAGAAGAAGCAAUCUCUCCUCGUUGAGCCCGAGUUCGUUAUUGAAUCGCAAGUCUCUUCGGUUACUCCUGAGACCGAACCUCCGACAGCUCUUCCUCAACAUGACCAGACUGCCGAGGCCGACAUACCGGAGCCACUUCUUAACGCCAACGCCAACGCCAAGCCAAACACCUUGACUAAUGAGCCUGAUACUGCACAUUCUACCGAGCCAGCGCCCGUUUCCGAACAUGAAUCGGAGGUCGCCCUUGAGAGCACGUCUGUUCAACAGCCCCAGAUUGCGACAGCUGAUGCCGCAGUCGAGACGCCUUCCAGUGUCCCCCUCGUUGAUGCCCAGCCGACCGUGGAAAGCCGGGAGGUCGAUGAGCCAGCAAAGCUUGUUGUCCAGGAGCCGAUCAUCGAGACAGUGCCAAGCGACUUGCAUGCAGAGGUGCCGACGACAAUGGCCGACGAUUGGCCGGAGGUUGCAACCACCAAGAAGAAGAAGAAGGACAAGACGAAUCGAAAGAGCCUGGCAUUGGAUGACGGUCAAGCCCAUCCCCCUUUGGCCCCUAGCACGGCUGCGCCACAAGUCGACCUGGCCGAGGAAGCAAUCUUGGAGGCCGAUGACCAUACAACAGCCGAAGCGCCGGCAGAUGAAACCCCCGCGCAGCCUAUGGAUAGCUCGUUCGAAAAGCCCGCAGUCGAGAAGAACACGGUCACAACUAAGAAGCAUAUUGAGCCUCUGGAACCCUCCGAGCUCGUUUCCACUUCCGAGAAACAGGACGAAACCCGCAAGAUCGAUGUUAACAGCCAGCAGGAGCCCGAUGAGCUCCGCGCAACAACCAAAGAUAUCCAGGUUGUUGAACCUAUAGCGCAGCACGUGUCUGGCACCUUUUCUUCCGCCGAAAGUCCGACAAGUUAUUCCCCCACGGAGCGUGUUGUCCAAGAUGUUCAAGGGAGUAUGACCCUGGACAAAGCUGAGGACAACUUCGUUGUAAAAAAGUCGAAGAAGGACAAGAAGAAGAAGACGAAGAGUGCCAAUCAGGCUCUGUCGGAUGAUCCUGCGGUAACAGUUCUUGAGACCGCGGAAGCCUCUGAGCCACUUCCUGUCAUUGGACAAGCAGCUCCCAAGACUGCUUCUGAGGAGACAAGCCAGGAGCCCCGUGGCUUGGACAAGGUGCAGCAAGAACCCAUCGGAGAGGACAACGAGUCCACGAGGCUAUUCUCUGCAGAUGAAUCAGCUACGCCACUGGAGGACCAAAUUGCCCCCAACAUCGAGUCUACGACUGAGAGCAAUGAGCCUCCACCCGAAAUAUCCACGAAUGUCGCCGACUUCGUCACUGAGGAUACCGCCCGAUCCUCGGGAGAGGCGGGUCAUCAGACGCCCGAUGCUCCCACUCCGCAAAUCGCCAGCGAGCCCCCAGCGGCUGGUGAUGAUGAAUGGGACACACCCGUUACUAAGAAGUCCAGAAAGGGCAAGAAGGGCAAGAAACAGAACGUUUCUGCUGAGCUUCGCGCCCCCGUCAGCGCUGGUCUCGACUUGCAGCGAGAUUUCUUGGUGCCUGAACCUGAGCCCGAGCUGAGCAAAUCUGAAGACGCAGAAGAAAAAACCGUGUACUUGGGCGAUGCAUCACGCGACAUUACUCGAAGCCCUUCAGCACUCCCGGCUCCCGAACCCGCUGUCGUACUGGAAUCUCUCGCGGAAGUUGUCCCUAAGCCUCAGCCCAAGCCCGAGCUCGAGCCUGAGCCCGUCGUCACCACCCUUCGCUCCGCCACAUCAAGCAAGGCGGUGGACAUUGACCUCACUCCUGCACAAGAAUCCAGCAGCAUCGUCCAUGAGCUGCCCUUCAACCAACCAGGCAAGCGUAAGAAGAUGAAGACGAGGGCGUUGUCAGAUACCCUUCUAUCCGAGCCGAUCGUGAGCUCUCAAGAAACCGCUGCUGCGUACUUAGACAGCAGCCGCGAAGUCCCGGCGGAGAAAUCCAGCAGGGCUACGGAACAGCUGCCUUUACGGGGUCUAGAGUCUGACACUCGCCGAGACCAAGAUUUCGCCGAGCCGAUGGCGGGCAAAGAUGCGAUUCAACAAAACCCGAUUGUCUCUUCUCCCCCCGGCGACGUAGCCACUCCGUACCUUGAGCUCAAGACUGACCAGAAGACGGGCGGGCUUGCCCAGCCAAGAACACCUGACAGACAGCACAGGCCGGAGUCAUCGGGAACGGGUGUCGCAGUCGGAGCGGCGGCAGCGGCAGCUGUUGCAGGAGCCGUCCUCGCGAGCGAAUCUAGUAGCGCCGCCAAAAAGAAGAAGGGCAAGAAGUCCAAGUACGAAGACAAGCGCGCGCGGCAAGACGAGGACAUGUUUGACGACCCUUCUCUCUGGGAAGGUGCCGACAGGAAGCAUGUCAGCGAGGUUGCAAGCGCAGAGGUUCACGAUUUCUGGGGUGGUGAUGGUGAUGGUGAAGCCGCUGCUCCCGAAGUGGCGCAAAAGGCGGACGAUGUUUUUGGACCCACGACAAGAGGUUUGGGUAUUCAUUCAAGCCAGCCACAAGACAUUGCGAUUCAACCAGCGGAGCCCAGCACAUCUUCAGCAUCGCGGGUGCUGGAAUCAAGCGAUGCAGAAGGCAAGAACAAGAGCAUCUUGAGCCUGGCUGCACCGCUCAAGGAGAAGGCUCAGGAGGAUAACGUCGAAAGCCCGAUCCUUGGUCGGGAAACCGGGACAGAGACAGCUGGUGUGAUGGCCGUCGACGAGACCCAGGAGCGUUCAUCAAGCCGGGGUGCGAACCCGUCCGGGACACAUACCAUGGUUAGCGACAUGGAUGAAGCCGUUGAUCGUGGCUUCGAGGCCGAGACUCGCCGCGACUUGUCAGGCGGGCGUUCGUUAAAGAGCCCAGAACGGACCUUCGAAGUGAGCGGUUUCCGCAGCCCGGUUCCGACCAUCUUGCCGCCCGUACAGGAGGAGGCCCACGAAGGAGGCGAGACGGAAUACCGACUGCUUUACAGGCCGGCCUCUCGAACGACACUUGGUUCUCCAGACCCGACUCGCGACAGCGGAUUCGUUACCGGCUCGCCCCACCCUCCCUCCAGAAGGAGCGGCUUCGACGACAACGAACAGCGAGACAGCGGCGUCCAUCUUCGGGAGUGGCAAGAACAGAGAUCACAAGACCGGGAUGGGCGGCGAACGCCCGAAUUGAGGAUUCACAGGAGCGAGAGGCGGAGAUCGCGCGAGUUGGAGAGAGCAAAAUCACCAACGGACAAGACGACAAGUCUGCAGCGGUCGCCUUUCGUCGAAGGAGCAGAGGCCCGCGACCAUCCGCUCUCCAAGACUCCCGUACUCCGAGAGCCUAACGGACGAGAGUUGACUCCCGAACCGCACAAGUACAGGCGAACCAUCAGCCCAGAGCUGGAGAGGAAGCGGUCCAAGUACCAGGACCUUGCCUCGGCGGCACUGGCCGGUGCAGCCAUCAGCAGCACCUGCUCGUCACCGCGCAGCACCCCCCCGCCAGGCAAUCGCAGCGUUUCCGACAGGGUUGCACGGCUGCAGUCACCAGCGCCUACACAGCCAGUUGCAGCGCGCAGGUCGACGUCCAACAGCAGCCUGUCACGGCACAGGAGGGCCAUGGGGACGCCAACCCCCGAGCCACUGAAGUUCCGGCCUGAUAGCCCAGGCAUCCAGCGGUCAGCCACUGCCACCCCGCCCCUCCGCCGGGCCGACAGGCGUGUCAGCGGGGACCUGCGAUCUCUCAGCCAACGAAGUCAGCUCGAUCUCACCAAGGACCACCAGGACCCCAAGGACCUGACCAGCUCCUCCUCCAAUACCCCCGUCGCCAACGAAGGUCGUGUCCGCACAAAGGACAUGGCCGACGUAUAUGAUGGAUUCGGUGAAGGCCGCAUCGGUUCUCCCCGAUCGCCGACCCGACCGCACAGCAUGCGCCGACGCCAGAGCAUGCAAGUCCUCGAGCUGGAGUCUCGCGUCGAGCAAUUGAUAGCCGAGAACAGAAUGCUCGCCGACGCACGAUCCCACACCGACUCCCACAACAGCAACAGAGCCUCUGGCAUUCUGGCUGAACGCGAUGCCGAAAUCGACGUCCUCAAGCAAUCUCUCGAGUUCCUCCAAAAGGAGGUGGCCCGCCUGACUGAGGUCAAUGAGGGCAUGAACAGCGCUAAUGCCCAACUUGCUGCCCAACACAACGAGCGCUAUCGCUCGCUCGAGACGCAGCACGCUGACACCUCGCGCCGAUUGGAGGAAGCACGAACCGAACAGGGCCACUUCCAGGAGUCGCUGCUGCAAAAGGACGCCGAGAUUGGACGUCUCCGUUCCGAACUCGAGGCGGCCAAGGACAAGAUCCGGCAGAUGCAGCGGCAGAUCCUGGCCACCAAGGGCGCCGACAGCGAUUUCCUUAACGUCAGGGAUGUCGACCACUUCGACCACAGGUGCCAGCAACUCUGCUCUCACGUGCAGCAAUGGGUCCUCCGUUUCUCCAAGUUCUCAGACAUGCGCGCCUGCCGUCUGACCAACGAAAUCAACGACGAGAAGGUCAUUGACCGUCUCGACAAUGCCAUCCUCGAUGGCACCGACGUCGACACGUACCUCGGCGACCGUGUCCGGCGCCGUGACGUCUUCAUGUCCAUGACGAUGAACAUGAUUUGGGAGUUCGUCUUCACCCGCUACCUCUUCGGUAUGGACCGAGAGCAGCGCCAGAAGCUCAAGUCGCUCGAGAAGCUGCUCACCGAGGUCGGCCCCCCGCAGGCCGUCCGACAAUGGCGUGCCGUCACCCUGACGCUGCUCUCGAAGCGGCCCAGCUUCAAGCACCAGCGCGACCUCGACACCGAGGCCGUGGUCCAGGCCAUCUUCCAGACGCUGUCCAAGGUCCUCCCGCCCCCGUCCAACCUUGAGGACCAGAUCCAGUCACAGCUGCGCCGCGUUAUGCGCGAGGCCGUCGACCUCUCCAUCGAGAUGCGCACCCAGCGUGCCGAGUACAUGAUGCUCCCCCCGCUGCAGCCCGAGUAUGACGCCGACGGCGAGCUCGCUGACACAGUCACCUUCAACGCCGCCCUCAUGAACGAGCGCAGCGCCGACAAGGCCGUCACAAACGAGGUCCUCGAGGCCCAGAACGCCGUCGUUCGUAUCGUCCUCUUCCCGCUCGUCGUCAAAAAAGGUGACGACGGCGGCAACAACGACGACGAGAUCGUCGUCUGCCCCGCCCAGGUGCUGGUGGCUCGGCCCAAGGGCUGCAAGGCGGUCCGUCUGUUCACUCCCGGGAGCGACGUUGGCAACGCGUCGAUCGGCGGGCAGACAGCUGCCACUCACAGCGACAUUAGCAUGGGGACGUUCCUACCCGAGCAAGCCUCAAACCGGUGA